UCUGUCAAAGUGACAAGUUUAAUUUUUCGCUGCGAAAAAUUUCGUUAAUUUUUGGUGUUACAGUUGAUGAUUAGUCAACCACCGGUUGAAGUUCUCUCGUGCUAGUUGUGUGCGUGUUAUAGUGCGCAAGAACCCCCAACACUUCUGGUGAGUACGUUUGAAUUUAUCCUUUUCGUUAUUGUUCAUUGUGCUCACGUCAGAUAAACGUCAAUUUCCGAUAAAAAUACCUCACAGCAGUAUGGAGGAACUGCUUCGUGGUCUGGCUGGCAGGGAAAAAGCCGAGAUUGUUAGCAUUGUAUGCCAAUUGAUCUCGUGCUUCGGCCUAAGCCAGUCGGAUUUGCAUGGCAGUGCAUUGCCAGUCCCUGGGGUCAGCCGUCAAAUUUUGACGGAUGAAAAUCAGGGAGUGGCUAAUGCCCAAACUGAAAGUGAGAAUUCACUUAAAGAAUCAGACAACGAAAGUAACUUUUCUUUCUCCUCCAAUUCGAAGAAAAGAAGAUUUACUGAAGAUUUUCCUCCACUCCCGGACGUGUCCAGCCGCAAGGUAAACGAGUGGAUCCGAAAAGAAAAGCCUAGGAAAUUAAAGAAAAUUUCCAAAAAGGCAGUUAUAGACAAUGUUAAAUCUGAGGCUCGGAAUUAUUAUUCCGAGUCAGAAGCUUCGUCUCGUCCAGUUACGAGAAGUCGGGCACGCGAGGUGGCCACAUCUCAAACUACUAACAAUGAAGUCAAUGAAAUGGACAUCAGUCCAAACCAACUAAAUAAUGAAAGUUCCACUGAAGGUUCCGAACACACCGUCAGAACCAUUCAGGAUCUGGAGCCUGGCUCCCCCGCUCCAACUAG